CUCACUGGAAGGUAGACAUUAUGGUAGGGUAGCCAUCUCUGCAGACGCCUCUCUAAAGCAUACAGCCCUGUAAUGUAGACACUUCUGAAAAGCAGUCACUGAUGGCUGUGACGUUACAGUAGGUAAAGUGGACGCUUACCUGUGCGGACAUGUAGUUGCAGUCCCGAGGGGUUGUAAUUGAGAGGGAGGUUCACGGUAUUAAUUUAUAGUAAAAUUCAACCAGUGGUCUAUUAUCAAUUCUGCGUUCUGAUUGAUUGAGCUACUACUAGGCUAUAUGUUGUAGCCCACUAGUAGCGAAAAGCGCCGGCUUUGAAAACCAAAACAAUGGCGGCUGAAUCGCGUUUUGCUAGCUAAAGUUGUUUUGUCUCGAUAUUUUUGACCAACUAGUUGAAUUUUACUAAAACAACUAUUCCUCUCGCUCUCAUAGCCUCUGCGGCAAUAGCACAUUCGGCCUUCGGCCUCAUGGGCUAUUGACUCAGAGCCCAUUCGAACUCGAGGAAUAAUUGUUAAAUAAACUUAAAUGUUUCUCCUUUAACGUGCCAUGGAAGUGCGAACUUCAACCAAACGGAAUGCAGACUGGUGUACUUACACCAGCGGCCUUUUGUUUUCAGGUGUGACGUGAAAAACCCAGUUGUCCUCUUUAGUAUCACCAGUCUAUGCCGCGUCUUAGAGGAAUGGAUCCCAAAACUUCAUCAGGCCAUGAAAAGCUGUUUAGAGAUGACCGAUGGAGAUGAUAGCGGCUUGAAAUGUUUCCUAAGUGCAACUGCUUUUGAGGAUGUGUCAUAUCUAGCACAAAUGUGUUUUGAUUGUGGUGUUUAUGGAGGCGAAGGUUUGCAGUCUUUUGAGGAUGUUGUCAGAAGCAAAGGAACUACCACCAAGACACCGUUAAGUGGUUUCCCGGUGGAACAAGAUAAAUCGGAAACUAAUGAUGUGGUUAUUUUAAUUUCCGAUGAUACUAAUAAACCGAAAUCUAAUAGAGAAUCAGAUCAAUUAGCUUCAGAAAGUAUCCCAACUUCGCAUGGUGAUGUGAGGGCAACAAAAUCAAGUGAGGGUCAUUUGCUCUCAGGUGGGACCAACCCAUCUUCACUGAGCACGGGCGAAUUUUCGCCUCCAUCCAUACGUUUAAGUGUUGUUAAGGACGAAAACUUCGAUGCAGAGACGGCAGACGAAGAGUCUGGUAAGAAUACUUUAGAUACGUUGGGUGAAAAUGCGAAACGUCAAACUGACAAACCAUUAAACAGAAUGCUUGGUGAUUCGAAUAAGUCACCGAAAAGCUCUGUUGAUGAAACUGUUUCCGCGCCUACAGAAAUGUCGCAAAAUGCCAUACUAUCACAGGAUAGUUCAAGUGGUUUGCAGUCAUUGCAAAGUUAUGAGCGAAUUUGCGUGCAGUGUGAAAAUGGAACUACAGUUUUCGAGAACAACGGAGAGCAGGUCUACGAUACAAAUUUCGAUGAUGAGACUCGCUCCAGAUUCUUGUCCUACCAUUUCUGGCUGAUGGAUGUCAGAAGGCUUAGACGCGCACUCCUCAUGAGUAAGGGCGAAAGAAAGAAAACCUGGAGCACCUUUAUGGGUUGUCUGUCAGGUGAGUGAUGAGUGCAACGCUUUUGUACAGGCACAGCAAACUCUCACACUUCCAUGCUAGUAUCAUCCGGUCCCUCAAGAGAAGAUAGUGGAUAGAAUUAAUAUAUCGAUUGUCUGUGAUUCCCUCACUUAACAAGUAAAGUCAAACCUAGCGGUCAACCUGUAUAUUACGGUCACCGGACAACUUCCCUUAAUUUUCAGUUGCCUUAUAUUUUCUACAAAGUUGACCUGUUGCCAUUUCCCAUGGGUGACCGUUGUAGACAGGUUUAACUGUAGUGAAGAAAACUUACGCUUUAUUUCGAAAAAUACUUUAUUUUAUCUUCCAGCAGCUUAUUUUCUACUUUUACGUCAGUUCAGUGAGUAUUGUGAAAGCAGUAUUACGUGAAGUAAAUUAAACCAUUUUCUGAUGAACUGUUUACCCAAUAAGUUUCCCCCCUUUUCAUUUCUUCGUUCGUUAAAAACGACAGACGGAAAUUUGGCUGCCAUGAGUCGAAUUGUCCCGUCUUUGGCAGACAGGACCCGUAACAAAAAGGCCACUAGAUUAGGAUUCAAAUUUUCCGACGUUUGACGCAACAAAACGCUUCACGUUAAGUGUCUAACUUGAGUCAUUCUAUAAGUAGGUUGAGUAUGAUCUUCCGGGUGAAAGACGUCUUAAAUAGAACUGUUGUUGACAGUGACUUACGUUGCGGCAACCUGUGCGGUAGUCAUCUUCAGAGUCAACGUGAUUUGUAUCACGUCAGUUCAUUGUAUUAAACUCUAGUUAUUGACCUGAUUGGUCAAUUAAGUCGCGAUGUUAUUGGUCGUCUGUCAGUUAAGCCGUGAUGUUAUUGGCUAUGAAGACUGGUAAUAUCAUUGGUGCGUUUCGAUCCGUCUAUUGUCACAGUUAACAGUCGUUUAUUGUUAGUCAAUUUGUCGGUAUAAGUCGCUUGUACGGUGCCGGUAAUUGUUGACUAUGAAUCAGUGGCGUCGUAAACUAGCUUUCUAAAGUGGUCGUUUCUAAAGUGGGCCUUCAAAUCGACUGGGACUCUGCGACAUGUAUUACGUAUUCUACAGACUUCUGUCAGUGACACACUUUAGAAAGCUCAUUUACUAAUUUAGAACAAAUGCCGGACGAUCAUACUCACCCUACUUAUGAAAUGACUCCUGGGUCCAAACCUUUCACAGUUUCUGAGUUAUUCUAUGAUAUUAAUAUUGUUCGAGUCCUUAGGUGCUACUCAGAUGAGAGGUCAUUAGCUGCUCAUUAUUCUACCUCUUUGAAAUCCUAUUUCAGUAUACCGUAUUUCACUAUUUCAGGCCGUUAUUCUCUGCCCUUUUAGGUCUUGUAUCCCCCCAUGACGUUAUCGCCAAAUACAUCAAAGAAGGGGACGCUCGUCGAGCUCUUCACGAACUGCAUGAUGGGAUAGAUACGUACUGUAACAUGUUACUCUAUCAUCUUACUUGGUAAGUUGAACUACUCCUACAGACCUCGCUAUAAGAUUAAUGUGUUUAUGUUCGGAAUUUGCAUUUAUGGCCGCAGUUUGAUCCUCUAGGGAUUUUACGUCACAUCUCGGUAUUUAAGCCUUGUCGCCUCUCGCGUUAGUCACUCGACACAGCCAGUUUUACCGCUCGCACUUUGCCGAGCUUAAUUUUUCUAGUAUGCUGUUUACGUUUAGUCUCGUAGUUUACAGUGAAUUUCUUGUACGUUAGCUUUUCUCGUCCCCAAUAAACACAACUGGUCGUGUCCUUCCUAUUUCUACGUGUUGUUGCCUUUCUGCUGAUUAGAACUUAAACGUUUUCUCUGCGGCGGAACGCAGUGACAUAGCAGAGAAUCUUAAAUAUAUUCGUUCUGUUAAAAGUCGGCAUUUCCAAAGUGCGAACACCUCGUAAGUCGUUCUCUUGGCCCCAAAGAUAUAUGUUUUCAUGCAAUCCCUACCUCUAUAAUAUGCACGCCUGGAAUAUGAAAUAUAUAUAUAAAAAAGAUACAACGACUAUGCUGUAACAAUCCUGUCGACAAAAUCCUAUCUUUUGUUACCAUUAAAGUAAAACCUCUUUCGCAGAACUAUAAGUACGUAUUUAUUUCUAAGGAUUUUCAAAAUUCAUAUUUUGGGGGAAUUUUUUCCUUGAAAGGUUGAAAGAGAAGCAGGCUUUACUGUAAUAGAAAAAGUAACUUGCGAACAAUUACCUACUGUGGAGGUCAAAAGAGUGUUGGGACCUUUCCAGUAAUAUUAGUAAAACUGGCGACCUCUCCCCUCCCACCCCAAACAAUUUUGAAUUUUGAGCAAAAUGGGUGGGAUGUAACAUUGCUAGAAGGAGUGGAGGAUGAAGGAUGGACCCAAAGCCGAUCAAUAAAAUUAGCAAUAGGAGUAGUCUUAUGUUACAAUUAUUUGGAAGAGUUUUUUAGCUGUUGUAGGGAGCAAGGCCUGUAUGAUUUUUAUCUAUCUCAUCCUUCAUCCUUUCUUGUCCUUUGUUUCUUUUUAGUUACUCCCUGUCUCCUGCUUUUAAUUUACAGCUUAUAUGAAAACGACAGUCGCGAGACAAUGUUAACUUGCGCUAGAAUGUUCCCUGAUGUGCAGCCGUGGGAAGUUAUGGAGAUUUGUCGGCACUGCAAGUUACAUAGCCUAGAAUCCAGUUCAGCUGAUUUUGUGUUUUAUGUUGAACAGCUAAUAAGAUGGAGAACCGAAGUUGGAAAUACCAGGUUAGUCAUGUUUAAUAUACAGCAUAAUAACAGUUCGACAAGAAUGUAUUACCCAGUAGCUUUCAUUUGAAUAGUUAAGCUUUACCAUAAUUAGAACCACCUCGUUCAAUGCAAUAAACAGUACCGCAGGAAAGUACUGCUUAGCUUUUAUUUGAAUGAUCGCACUUUAGGAUUUCAUCCACAGCAUAGUAAACGGCACCACAGGAAAGUACUGUGUAGUAGCUCUCAUUUGAAUGAACACACUGUCGGAUUUCAUUUGUGAUAAGGAACUGUGAGUACAACUCAAAGGGUUUUACUUACAUGUUAUAGCGAUAGCUAUCCUUAUCCAUAGAGGAAAAAGGUAAAAACCAACAUCACACACCUCAACUAGAUACAUGCAGUAAAUGAUAAUUUUUCUUGUUAUACUUUUUUGCUUUGAAGACAGCAGACUGUUAGGAAGCUUUGUGAAGAUAUGAGAGUCACAAAUUGGUGGUUUCACUGCUCCUUGAUUGCAGACUCGACAAAAGAAGCCUUGCACUGUCAGCAGUGUGGAAAACCAAGGUCAAAAAAAUAUUUUUGUAACGUAUCCUUCUGUUAAAUAGUUGUUGUUGUAAAGAGCAAUUUUACAAAUUAAUUGAAAGUAAUUUUAUACAUGAAAAUCCAAUCGCCCUGACUAGAGUUGCUGUCGAGCUAAAUGUAGCCUGUUCCAGGCUCUGAGAUGAGGCUGUCCGAUAUAGUCGGGUCCGCGGAAUUGAGAAAGCGUGAACACGAAAAUAAACGGGGGAAACUUUUCCCUGAUCACGCGUUCAUAUUUUCGCUUGCCUUUCACUUACGCGUCAUCCUUACUAUCUGAAAGCCUGGAACAGGCUAAGCUAAAUGUUGCGUAGUACGCUGAUGGUCGAAAACGUGUUAUCAAGAAUUAACACUUUCAAAAUAUUUCUAUCUUGAAAAGAUGUAUUCUGCGAUGUCUAACUCCAUUUUGGUUAUUUUAGGCGGAAGAGACACAAUUUUGCCUCCGAAAUUUCUUUGUAAUCAAACGCCUACAGAUAUAAAUAACACUGGAUAACAAAUUGUCAGCGGGAGAAAAUAGAAAAUGAAACAAUGUACUCGAGGUUAAAUUUUAGGAUUUCAAGACAUAAAUAAAUUACAGUUUCGAAUUGCGAAUUUGAAUUGUAGUUCUCCAAGGUUUAUAGAUGUCGCCGCUCUCGUUCAUUUCAAGAUCAUAACGCUAUUAUUAGUUUCUUCUGUGUUUUCGUCUCCCUUUGUGUUUCAGUUUUUUGUGAAUAAUUUGAUGCUCCAAAGUGGAUUCAUUUCGCGUAUUUGCUCCUUUGUUUGAGAAGAGCUGCUGGCUAAAGUUGCUAGUCAGCCUCGUACCCAGGCCAGUUCGCCUUAUCUAACAAGCAUGACGGGUGACGUCACAUGUGAAAUCGCCGGGGACGACUAGGAACGAUGCUGGUUGCCAGCACAACGGCGACGGCGGAGAAAACGUGACUUAAAAAAGUGGCGGAGAAAACGUGACUAAAAAUUGACUUCGUUUAUUUUAAAUUCGGCGCAAUUAUCCCAACUCACUCAGUUUGUCAAAUGUAGACGGACGUUCCUGGAGUUGAAUUCCUAAGAAAAAUCAACAGAGAGAGAGAGAGAAAUUCGUUGUCCCUAGUUUACGUACUCGAAAAAAAAAAAAUGGGAAAAAAGGCAAUUUCGCGUCGUAAUCGUGCAGUCACGGCAAAGAAAUGUACCAAAAAGGUGUUGCAUGUGCAAAGUUUUUCAACGUUCUUGCUGUCGAAGCCGCCUUGACACCUAAAACUCCCUUGUUCCUACUCCAGGUGAAUGGUGUUGAUACUAGUUCACCUCAGUACCCAUUGAUAUACUUGGUUGAAAGAGACGAUAUGAAGUUAACGCAAUAAAACUAGGGUAUGGCGAGGAGUGGUACCCAGACUGAGGGAUAAGAAUACUGUCUUUUGUCUUUUUUGUGCAUGUAGACCUGGCUCACACAAGAUCACGUGGCAAAAUGAGGACCAUUUGCAGCAGCUUAUUGAUUUUCUUUGUCAGAAGGACUCGUCAGAACUCAAGGUUUUCAUGGAUUUGUGCCGGAACCACGGGUAAGUAAAAACAAAUCCAAUUUCUCGACUCAAUUCGUAUAGCAUACGGUCUAAACGCCUUGUUGAUAAUUAGAAUCUUUAGAAUGCUUGGAAAUGCUGAUGGUUUACACGCUUGCUUUUGAGCCCUUUAAAAAACUUCAAUGCUUUAGAUACACCGGGGACAUGAAAGCAGGGUGUAAAGAAAGUCAGUUUUUCAGCUUGCCAUUCGGACAAGCUGUAGCUAGCAGGUACUAGCCCACAAGUCAUUUCAACUAGCCCCAAAGCCCUUUUUGGUCAGCAAGAUUGAUUACAAACCUUCUGUAAUUUGAAUUUCCCCCCAAAACACCACUUGCCCGUCGGGUAAGUUAAGAACGAAAAUCACUAGCCCGAUAGCAAAAUCCACUAGCCCUGGGCUAUUGGACACAAUUUUUUGGCACGCUAUGAAAGAGAAAUUCGUACAUUUAAACUGCGGAAAUAAAGAUUGAAGGUUCAAAAGAAGGAAAAAAAGCUCAUAGUCAUAUAAACAACUUCUGUGCCUGCGGGAAUCACACUUGUCGUGGCGACUUUAAUAAAGAGAAGCCGGUAAUACUUAAAAGUUAGAAAGAAAAACUGAUAAACUAGUGGCCAUUGUAUCCAGGACUGACUUCAAACGCUAAGAGCUAUUUCCACGGAGAAAAUUAAUCUAAUUGACGAAGAUCCUUUUUAUCUCUUUAUUUCUGCUGCUCUUAUGUCAAGAAGGCAUUAACACUCGCUAGAACAUAGCUAUUUCAAAUGGCUUACCUACAAGGUAGCCUGCUCCGCAGGCGAAACUAAAAGUCCAUCUGCAAGAGACAGCGCCCAAAUCCUUGUUUCACUGUUUUGGGGGCCCUGCUGUGUACCAAGAUUUGAGAACGCGCCACGACUGGCUAGCGGUGGUGUCGCGAAAUGUCGCCUGUUUAGUCAGGUCAUACUAAAUGAGGUUAGAUUACGUCUGCGAGCCAGGCUUCCUUUUAUACGCGGCUGCGUGGAUGAAGGUCUAUUGAGCCUUCUGUCUUACCGCCGUCUGAGAUAGGCUUUGUUCACUUACACGACCUCCAUGUGUUAUUAACGGUUUCUUUAGGUACUGGUCAGGUCUAAUUCGUCUUUGUGUGCGAACCGGUCUAAGACAGGAAGCACUAAAACUAGUCGUCUCGUUAAGUGACAUGAAGCUGAUCAAGAAUCCACAGUCAUGGGGUAGGUAAAUUACAAUGACCUCAAAUUCUUAAAGGGAAAAACAUGAUCAAAGAUUGUAGUCUUUUUUACCAAAGCUAUGCCUUCGCUCCCAAAGAAUGAAUGAGAAACUGGAGUAUCCGGAAUCUGUACAUGCUUAGGUGAAAUCCUUAUUUUACGUUUAAACUCGCAAGCCUUAUCAUGGGAUAUGCAUUAAGCUCCAGCCUGCUUGCAUGUAGACAAUCCUUCCUACUUUUUCACAUAGUUCUUGUUGUAAAACAUUUGUGUUGUUAAAUUUUAACUGCCGUUGUUUUUAACUCGUACAAUUCAUCUCUUCUAUCCUUUUUCUGCUGUUUUGUCAAGGACCCCUCCCCAAGUCUUUGGAUGAAUGGAAAUAUUUGUUGGAGUUGCUUUUAUCACGUGAUCAGGACAACGAAGUAUCAUUUAGCAGCGCUCACGCAUGCACAACUCUGGCUGCUUCUGAUUGGCUAGCAGAUCUCACGUGGAGUAACGUGACCAAUCUGAUGCUUGAGCGGUUGGGCGCUGGGCAUACUGUCAACAUACUGCAGGCUCUGCCACAGGAGACCCCACUUCUCUCAACGGAUUUCUACUAUUCAUGUUUAUUGGGAGCUGUAGUCGAAAGAAGGCAAAGGUAAAAACUGCUAUGUUUAUAGCAACUUACACAAGACGCGAGAAACAAAAUCCAUUCCAGAAAAAUAGUUCAUCGCGUAAUUUGGCUAAAAAGUAAACCGCUUUCCGAAUGUAAUUUACCCUUAUAGAUAUCAUCUGCAGAUAAGAUCUCAACUAUUUGUUCUAAUCGAAGUACCAUGAUUUGAGUAAUCGCCUUUGAUUGGUCUUUUAGGAAAGGUAUUUUGUAUGAUCGUUUCUGAUUGUGUAAGAAAAUCCCUCGCGUACUGUAAACGAAACCAGCCACUGAUGUCUGCCUUCUGAAGUGUAAUCUUUGCCAAGCUGUUAUCCAGAAAGACACGCGUUGGAACACUUCGAUCUAACUGCCAAAUUAGGAGUUGCCGACAGCACGCGCCUUUUUUGGGUGUGAUGGAGUUUGGCCAGUUUAUUGACUUCUCUUUGUUAUACAUUAUAUUUACAGGACUCUGAUUCAUGAGCUGCUUAAAAAGCUCGACUCAUAUUUGUGGUCACAACGAAGCGGUGCCUUGGCUCCAAAGGUAUGAAAAAGACAUUUGCCUAAAGCAACUUGAUAAAGGCGGCAAGAAAGAGGUGGAAUGAGGAUAAAUGAAAAAAUUAGCCGUAAAGAGUAAAGUGGUAGAGUGUAGAAGGUGUUGAGUAGGGGAAUAAACUUUAGAAGCGUUCUUUCAGUAAUACUGAGCAGUUAUUCAGAAAUUGUUUAUCGCUCAGUAACACUUGUACUAACAUUUAUUGUACAAACGGAUCACGACGGACUCAUAUGAACUUAUUUUUUUUGCAACUUUAUUUAUGAGCGUCGAAAACCCACAAAUCUCGCCUCAAAAAAUCAUACAAAAUCGACUUGUACAUGGUCGCCCUCGUGGCUGUAGGUGGUUUUCUGAUGAAGAAAAAUUACAGGCACAACUACCUAAGUUCUCAAUAACAAUCACUCUGAAACCUAAAAGGAAAGAAGAAAAGGCCUAAACCAUAAAAAGGCUGACUUACAGAACUGUUGGACCUCAAAGUUGCUAACAAUGUCCUCGCUAACGAUAACACAGAACAUAACAAGCAAAAAAUGUCCAACGUCACUUGACGGACAAAAACAAAAAAAAUCCUAAUGGGAGUCGUGAGCGACAAAUAUGUUCAGCCAGGACUAAAGUUCCAACAGAGAGUUGAGUUCUAGCUUGGGAAUUUUCUUCAAUUAACUGUGUUCAGACCUUGAGUGUUCACUAAAUGAGAAUCGAAACGCAGCCGUCACGUGGUCCUUUGAAUGCAAGUGGUCUGUUCGUCCUCACGUGCGAAGACCCCUUAGGCCCGGUUCAGACGCCGAACUUUUCAUGAGCCGAACCUAAUUCGAAUUAAGGCCGACCUAAAUUAUUUAGACCGGCUGAACUGAUUCAGAUGCCGAUCUUAAUUGCAGCUGAACUAAGUUCAACAGGCGGAAAAUAUGCUCAUUUCGGUCAAACUGCUUGCAAAAUACGUUGUAAUAAUUUAUGCGUUAGGUUCGGUAUAUGAAAAGUUCGGCGUCUGAAUCAAAGCCGUUCCAAAGGCGAAAUUCCCUGCCGGGCUAGGCGAGUAGCCAAUCUACGAAUACAGCCGUCUUUCCUCACUCCUCGUCCCUUGGGACGCUUCGCGGGAGAGACGUCUGCGCCUAAACGACAGAAAAUCCAUACUGAUGACGUAAAUCAAUGUUUACAUAAUUCGAGUCUAUAGUCACAGGGCUACAAAUCCAAAUUUGCUCUAGUUUAUGUUUCUCCCGCUCUAUUAUCGUAUUAAAAGUUAUGAUUUCUUCUGCGAACAAGGGAGAACAACGCUUCUUUUAGAGAAGUAUACAGUCAACGAAUAUUGACUAUUUUGUAGAAGAUCCAUCGCGUUCACAUUCUACCUUUUAUUAAGACCUUUUGGCUUUUGUCUGUUAUUCGUAAACAAUAGCUAAAAGAUUCUGUUCCGAUUCUCGACAGAUUUUAUUUCGUCAAUAUAGCAUUUCUGUCGUUGAGGUGAGGACUUCGAGGAGCGAGGAGUGACGGCAGUAUUCGUAAGCUAGUUGAAAACACUAUCCACUGGGGUGUAUCCUACUUACACGCGCUUUUCUUUGUAGUUGAACAGUUUUCGCAAAGAGGAGGAAAUAUGGGGUCCCAAAAGCAAGGUAACACUGACAGUAAACGCCUGUGUUAAUGUUACACGGGACGAUUCGCAACGACGAUUUUUAGCGCAAAACAGCGUUGCAAUGUUGGAACAAUGUUGUAGCCAUUCGAAACAAUGUUGCAACAAUGUUGCAAAGCUGUGUUGGGCUAAAAAUCGACGUUGCGAAUCGUCUCGUUUAAUAUCACCUUUAGUUUGAAAUGUCAUCCGCUCUUCGACCAACUCCCCAACGGGAAACAAGGCGCAGAGAGUCUCUCAAGUCUCUCCCGCCUUGCCGCUCGUUGAGGGGUGUGGCGAAGAGAUGGAUGACAUUUCAGACUACUGCAGCGUCCUUGAAUUGACCUUUAAGUGGAGAUUUGACCAGUGGUGGUUUAGCAUGUUCACGUUAUUGUUUACUUUAAACAGGAGGAUAUUAAGCCUCAACUGGAUUCCUUCUCACAGUUUAGAACUCUUGAGGAUGGAGGUAACUUGGUUAAUGUGUGUUAUGGGAUUUUAUUGUUUGUUAUUUGACUAUUUUAUUUGUUGACUUCCUAUUUUUAUUUUAUUCUUAUUUGAUGGUUUCUCAAUUUGAGGAACAAGAAUUAGAAAGGUUAGCGAGCGGCUUUUGUUGCGGUGAUUUUCCGAGUUCGAUCCCCAUAUGUAACCUUAAAACUUUGGUUUCACUCCUUUCCCUUCCGUGUAGCUUUUUCAAAUACCCGUAAAAUGGGGGCCGACCUGCACCUAUUCUAAACAAGGUUGGUGGUUGGCUGGGAAAACAAUAGGGAUGGUGACAUAACAAUGCCCCUAUCCCUGAAAACAAUAGGUACUGAAGGUUAUAUGAACCAAUAAAAUAGGAAGUUUGGAUGCGUGCAGAUCAAUCGUAAAAUGGAGCACUGAUAGAGAGACUGGGGGAGGCGGUAAAAGGAGUGCCCAGUCGGCCCUAUGUGUGUCAGGCUAAUGAGUACUGUGACCAGUUACAGACGUAACGUUGGUUUUACCCUUUUUUCUUUUCCUUUUUACUCACUAAGAUGUAUUUUGUUUUCUCCUUUAGCGUCGAACUGGGGGCAAAACAUUCGCCUCUCAGAGUAAGUCACCAAAUAUUUUAACCCGUGGCUUCGUCAUUCGCCAUUUCCCCUCCCCAACAGAAACCCCAGCUGCGCGAGCUUGAUCUAACUGGAAGUGGGAGUUUGUCUAUUUAGCGUUAGUUUUCAUCCCUAGCCAGAUCGAUAAUUUCGCAAGAAUCCAUCCGUCCAGUUUCCCAAGGGAACAUUCGGUAUUAUUGUUUUGCGUUUCAGAUCGAGUCUUGUAGAUAGUGGCAAUAUAUUGCUUAUAAUCUCCUUCUCUCCUCCUCCCUCCCCUUCUAACUGAAAACUGAGUUGUGUCGCACGCCACCGUUACUCGGGUUUUCAAGGGGAAUAGUUACAUGUUCCAUGCGUUCAGAUAGUGGUUGUGUCGCACGCCACCGUUACUCGGGUUUUCAAGGGGAAUAGUUACAUGUUCCAUGCGUUCAGAUAGUGGAGAGUGGCGCGAAAUGGAGAGUGGAGGGAAAAACCGGAAGUUGAACUUCUCUACCUGCCCCACCCCUCACUGUUUUUUUCCUGCUCACUUUCCUUGUACUUGUCAACUGUUACCCUCUCUAUAAAAUUAAAUUCUCCGAAAUCUCCGCUCGACUUCUACUCGUCAUUCCUUUGCGCCCUCCCCGCUAUAUGAAAGCCGCGAACAGGCUACGCUAUAUAAUCCCAGGCAGAGGAGACUUACCGUCGAGUUGUUCCCUUAGAUAACAACAUUGUAAACCCUGAGAUGCUUGGUGAGGUUUAGAAACAUUUACGAGUACAUGUAUAAGUGCCACCAGUUCCUUUGGGGUUUGCGUUGUUUGUACUGGAACAUGACAGGAAGCUGUGAGGCAGUAUGUGUGCAGUGGGUUUUUUAAGCGCUAUUUAGAGGUUACUAAAUCCAAUUCGUGGUAACGUUUGUGAUGAUCUUCUUUUUGGUAGCGGCGAAUGUUUGGUGUGCUCACUUAAACUGUGUGAACAAAUCUCGACAAGCAAUCAAGGACUGUUGAUGUUUGAAUGCGGUAAGUAACGCAAGCCAUAAUUUGCCCUUUCUAGCGUUGCUUUUCUCACUGUUACCAUCCAAAUGAAAGGCCCUGAGUAUUACUCUCCUGUGUUACUGUUUAUUACGCUGUACAAGCUCGCUCUAACUUUUCAGUCUGUGGAUGAUACCCAAAUGUGAACGCCAUUGAGAAUUACUUUCCUCUGGUACUGUUUAUUACGCUGUAGAGGCUGAGUCCAACUUAGUUUUGAGUCUGGAUGAAAUCAUCCCUUGUGAACGUUCAGGUGAUAGCUACUAACCAGUUCUUUUCUGUGGUACUGUUUGUGAUGCUGCACAAAGCGAUUCUUACUUGUUAGUCCGUGGGUGAAGUCAUCAAGUGAAAUCAUUCAAAUGACAGCUACUGAGCAGUACUUUCCUGUGGUAUAAACUUACCUUACGAGUCAUCAAGACGUCAUAGUACAUUUUACACUGUUACACAGACAAACAUGUACCCCUCCCCCCCCCCCCUCCUCACAUUUCAUUUAUAAAACAGGAAAAAUAGAGUAAGCUUAAACGUUAAUGCAUUGCUUCUCAAAGUAUUACGGUUCCUCAAGGUAGACGUCGGCUUAUUAGUUCGUCCUUAUACUGCAUUUCCUUUCAACCAGUUCGGCCACCAUAUUUGUGUGCCUCUAGGGGACCCUGACAUGGCCUCUCCAUGCUUAGCCUCCCUUCCCCCACCGCUAUAAACCCGCACCAGUUGUGUUAUAUUGUUGUUUCAGUCAUUCACGCAUGGCUCGAAAAUUCAUGUUGAAAAAUUUACUUCCAGGGCAUGUCUUCCACAAGCACUGCGUGCCAGAAGUGGCUUGUGUGGUCUGCUUUCAUCAGAAUUUAAAAAGUCUUGGAUCAUGUGUACGGUUCCAGGAUAGUAAAGUAGAGUAGCUACUCAAAUGAUAGAGCUAAAGUGGUACCGUGGUGGUGGAUUUGGGAAUAGAAGCCGUACGAGGGCGGCCUUUCCCCAUACCCCUGCUGCAAGGGUUGGACCCGUCACCGCUCUACAUCGCAUGGGCAAAAAAUUGAGAUUAAAAAAAUAUCGUGCGGCACGAUUUUUUGCGGGUUCUAAUUUUUGCGAUUUUUCCAGCGAUCCGCAAACAUAAGUUUCCACAAAUAAAACAUUUUUCCCGCAAACUUAACUCUAAAUUCGCUACUCAAAAACAGAGUUCUAAGAAAUCGUGUCUGUUCAAGUAAAACUUGUGUCUUUCGUUUAGAAACGAAACGGUGUACGAUGAAUUACUGGUUUUACAUAGGGUACGCAUAGCGUAGUAUUGUUUAAAAAAAGUAUUUACGUACUCGAUAAAAAGAAAAAAUUUUAUUAGUGCUGGGUACUGGGUACUUUCUGAAAACCGCAAAAAUUAAUUCCUAGUAAGAAAAACCAAUCUGUCCAAAUCGCCAAAAUUAGUUCCCGCAAAACACAAAAUAUCGCCAAUCCGCAA